AGAGCAUUCUGGGUAGAGGUGAAAGGCCAGAGCCAGAAAGACACAAGCUUCCCCAGAAAGCUUCCCAAGGAAAAUGGGCACCAGGAGCCAAGUUAUUACCUGCAAGGCAGCUGUUGCCUGGGAAACCGGCAGUCCCCUUUGCAUUGAGGAAAUUCAAGUGUCUCCUCCAAGGGCUCAUGAAGUUCGAAUUCAGGUAAUCACCACAUGUGUGUGCCCUACUGACAUCAGUGCUACCAAUCCUAAGAAGAAAGCUCUCUUCCCAGUAGUCCUUGGCCAUGAAUGUGCAGGAAUUGUAGAAAGUGUUGGACCAGGAGUGACCAACUUCAAACCAGGGGACAAAGUAAUCCCAUUCUUCGCACCACAGUGUCAAAAAUGCAAAUUCUGUCUGAGUCCUCUCACAAACCUCUGUGGGAAACUUCGAAACUUUAAAUACCCCACCAUUGAUCAAGAGCUCAUGGAAGACAAAACCAGUAGGUUUACCUGUAAAGGAAAACCAAUUUACCAUUUCAUGGGAGUCAGCUCAUUCUCUCAGUACACUGUGGUUUCAAAAGACAAUCUUGCCAGAGUCGAUGAUGAGGCAAACUUGGAGAGAGUUUGUCUGAUUGGAUGUGGGUUCUCAUCAGGCUACGGGGCUGCCAUCAACACUGCCAAGGUCACCCCUGGUUCCACUUGUGCUGUCUUUGGUCUUGGGUGUGUAGGUCUUUCUGCUAUAAUUGGAUGUAAAGCAGCAGGUGCUUCCAGAAUCAUAGCGAUUGACAUCAACAGUGAGAAGUUUUCAAAAGCCAAGUCCCUGGGAGCCACUGACUGCCUUAAUCCCAGAGACCUAGAUAAACUGGUGCAGGAUGCCAUCACUGAACUGACCAGUGGAGGUGUGGAUUUCUCCCUUGACUGUGCAGGAACAGCCGAGACCUUGAAAGCAGCCGUGGACUGCACAGUAAUAGGCUGGGGAUCGUGCACUGUAGUUGGAGCAAAGUCUGACGAAAUGAAUAUAUCCACCGUGGACGUUAUAAUGGGCCGUUCUAUAAAUGGAACAUUCUUUGGUGGUUGGAAAAGUGUAGAUUCUGUCCCAAACCUGGUUACUGACUACAAGAAUAAGAAAUUCAAUCUGGACUCAUUGGUGACCCAUGCCUUACCAUUUGACAAAAUCAAUGAAGCAACUGACCUGUUGAACCAAGGAAAAAGCUAACAACUAAGCAGAGGUCUCUUCUGACUCUCUAUCAAAAUCACCAGAUGUGUUUAACAGAUGAAGUUACUGCUUUUUGGAAUAAAAGAAAGGCUUCCGUUUCUGUAGUGCAUCGUGUUAUACGCUAUGCUGCAUACGGCAGUGGAAAGGGAACACUGAUAGACAGCUUCCCGUUCACAAAUAAUUGUUAACUCAAACCAGUUAUUCCCUAGAAGGAAAGAUUUCUAUAGGAUAAUGGUAGGUUCCUCUGGUCCCAUGUGCACAGGUCUAGAACCAUUUUCUGUGAUUUGACAUGGUCAGAUCCCUAUUCAGCCACUGAAAUAUGAGCAGAGAGUGGCAGGUAUAUACAGGUACUUCAACUCUCUACUUCCUUUGUUCCAGGGCUCCUGUAGGAUCCCUAACCCAACAAUGUUAGCUGUACUAUGCAUCUCAGUAUUGGUUACUACAUAUUCAUUUAUAGCAAUGUUCCAUCAAGGGAGCUGGGGACUGUGUAAGACUGGGAUUAAUUAUGUUAGUCAAUUUACAGCGUUUACUGAUAGAAGCAAAACAUGACUACUGUGAACAAUGAUAUUUAGAAGAGAAAUGGGACAAAGAUCUUAAGAGAUGUGGCAAAAAAAAAAAAAAAAAAAAAAGAGGAGGGAUAAAGUGGAGGAGCCUAAAUUAAAGUGAAGGUGAUGGACUUGGAAACACAGAAUGUCACAGAAAAACAAAAUGAAUCCAUGGGGUAAAGACCCAGGUUAUUUAAUGGAGAAGAAACCUGAGAAAAUAUCCCACUGACAUGUACUUUCCCAAAUUACAAACACAUUAGCUACAGCAUAAAAAAGUCCAAGAAAGACAGAAGAAAAAGUGUUUCUUUCUAAAGCUAUAUUAUGUAAACACAGCAGACAAACCCUGUAAUAUCGCAGACAACUCGUCAUGCCCACAGUCAAUAUUCCUCAGGUUAGCUGUUUGGGGAGUGGGGUUGGGAAGCUUGAGAAUCCGGAGUUUGUGGUUUCUCCCUACAACCUUUUCCCAUGAAGUUCUCAGCUGCAGGAUAGACCCACAAUGAAUGCUAAGUGGCAGCGGCCAAGUGAAAUAUCACGCUGUAGUGAGCAGAUGGACAAAUCUCCCAUAAUCCACAGAAGUUCCUAAGUAAUUAAUGAUCAAGCGGGAUCUUAGGGGUUGGUCUACCUGAGGCGAGUGUCAUACUCCCCUCAUGGCCCUGAGGGAACCACCUACCUAUCUACAAAUGGACAAGUGGCCUUUACCACUUAGGUACAGGAAACACGUCAGAGGGAAAGUCCUCCUGCCUUUCUAACUACAUAGGCAAAAAGGAGUAAAGAGAAGUCAAGGGAACGCAGUGGCUCACUGCAUAGCACAUGAAACCUCCAUUAUCCAGGUAGAAAACAUUUAGGCAUGGCGCCCUGCAUAUGCCAGCAUUCUUUGGCUACUGCUGUGUUGUCUGAGAUAGGGUUUCUGUCUGUGUUUACACUCAUCGGGAUGACUCAGGUUUGCCAUCAUUGGAGUUUUCAGAAAGCGGCAUCCCAUCAUAUCAACCUCUCUCUCCUUUGAUGUCCAAUUUUUCCAAGAGUGGUGACUUCCCAGCACUAAGGCCUCUUUCCUCAGCUGGCAUGCCUUCAUUCUCAAUAGCACCACCAGCAACAAGGGACUUACUCUGUCAUGUCAAAAUCCCCAAUCCACCCCCCCCAAGUUAGUAACAGUGUCACAAAUAUUAUUAAUGCCAUGAGUGGAGAAAGAUGACAAAAUAGAAGAAAUUAUUCUUAACAUUGUGGGCAUCUCCUAAAGGGAAGAGCUGGACAAGAAGGGGGUGGGAUGAGUAUGAUCCAAGAACAGUGAAUACAUGCCUUAAAAUAGCAUAAUCAACUGCACAUAAAUUGCGCAGGUUAAUUUUUAGUAGGUGUCUCUAAAGAAAGAUUAGCUCAAAUUCUGAAGUGAAAAGAAAAACAACCUGUUGACUUUGGAUAAAAUGUUCAGAUAAAUAGUAUUUAUUCUAUUAUUAUUAUUAUUAUUAUUAUUAUUAUUAU